UCUUGUUUUUUUUUUAGUUUUUUCUAUUUCCAUUCACCCAUUUACUAUCUGUACUCUUUUUCACUCACCCUCUUGAGUAAUUAAACUGAAUGGCUCUUGGGGUGUUUCAAAGAUUGUGACUUUUUCACAAAUUUCAUAUGCAGGUAUAGAAAUAUAGGUUCAGAUUUGAAAAGGGUGUUGAGAUAAUAAUAAGUUUUUAGUAAUCAUAGUAGUUGUAGAUAAUUAUAGUGCUCAAUUUCAUACCUGUUAGGAUUUCAUUAGUUUUUUGUUUGUUUUUUUGAUAAAAGAUUGCUUUUUUAUGACAUAGAUGAAAAAUUAGGGAGGGGAUUUUACAAGGUGAUCUAAGAUCCUGUAUGCAUUUUCUUUUUUUGCUUCUAAAUGAGGCGAAGAACCUUAAUUACGAGGUCUUUGUCAAUAUUUAAGUCACAAUGUCAAUAUUCAAUUAGUUUUUCAUCCAUUGCUUACAAGUCUUUUGAUCUCAAGACUUGCAUUGUAUCACUUCAAUCAUGUGCUAAUGAAAAGGACCUUACAGGAGGGAAACAAGUUCAUUGUCACAUGCUUAGAUGUGGCCAUUUGGAUUUAUCUCCAGUGCCUACCACUAGCCUUAUUAACAUGUACUCGAAAUGUAAUUCGAUAUCGAAUGCUUUAUCUGUAUUCUAUACUUCACCACUUGAUCAUAAUGUGUUUGCUUAUAAUGCUAUAAUAGCAGGAUUAAUUGCCAAUGAUUUGCCUAAAAGUGCUUUUGAAUUCUAUUUCAAGAUGAGGCUAGUUGGUGUCAUUCCUGAUAAGUUCACUUUCCCUUGUGUGCUUAAGGCUUGUAAAAAUGAAGUAGAUGUGAAAAAGAUUCAUGGGUUAGUUUUUAAACUUGGGCUAGAAGUUGAUUUGUUCAUUGGCAGUGCAUUGUUGCACAGUUAUCUGAUGUAUAGGAUGGUGGAUUUCGCAUUAGAUGUGUUUGAGGAUUUGCCGGAGAGGGAAGAUGUUGUGCUUUGGAAUGCCAUGAUCAAUGGCUAUGCUCAAACAGGUGGGUUUGGUAGUGCUUUGAUGGUUUUUAGGUGGAUGAUUGAAGAUGGGGUUAUUCCCAACAAGUUUAGCAUAACAGGUGUACUUUCAGCUCUGGCAAAUUAUGGGGAAGUUUAUAAUGGAAAGGUGAUACAUGGGUUUGUGAUAAAAAAAGGUUUUGAUUUGGGGGUUGCCAUUUCUAAUGCAUUGAUAGACAUGUACGGUAAAUGUAGCUGUGUUGCUGACGCUUUUGAGGUUUUCCAGACGAUGGAUGAUAAGGAUAUAUUUUCAUGGAACUCAAUAAUUUGUGUGCAUGAACAAUGUGGUAAUCAUGAGGGUACUUUGGGGCUUUUCAAAAGGAUGUUGUCUGCUAGAGUACGUCCUGAUUUGGUGACUGUCACCACUACACUUCCUGCCUGUGCUCAUUUAGCAGCGUUGAGGCAUGGUAGAGAGAUUCAUGGAUACAUGAUUGUUAAUGGUCUGAGGAAAGAUACUGCUGACAUAGAAUAUGAUGAUACUUACAUUGACAAUGCAAUUUUGGACAUGUAUGCCAAAUGUGGAAGCAUGCGUGAAGCUAAGCUGAUCUUUGAUAUGAUGAAUUUCAAAGAUGUGGCAUCGUGGAACAUUAUGAUUAAGGGGUAUGGCAUGCAUGGAUUUGGCAUCAAAGCAUUAGAAUUGUUUUCUGAUAUGUGUAAGGCAGAAUUGAGGCCUGAUGAUGUCACAUUUGUUGGGGUUUUGUCAGCUUGCAGCCAUUCAGGGCUUGUAAAACAGGGGAGAGAAUUUCUUGCCCACAUGCAGCCUAAAUAUGGUGUUGUGCCUUCUAUUGAACAUUACACCUCUGUGAUUGACAUGCUAGGUCGUGCUGGGCAGCUUGAAGCUGCUUAUGAGUUGUUAUUAACAAUGCCCAUUAAGACCAAUUCCGUCGUAUGGAGAGCGUUCUUGGCUGCCUGCCGUAUACAUGGUAAUGAUGAUCUUGCUAAGGUUGCUGCAAAACAGGUACUUGAUCUUGAACCAGAUCAUUGUGGAAGUUAUGUCAUAUUAUCAAAUGUUUAUGGACAGACUGGUCGCUAUGAAGAGGUAUUAGAGAUAAGAGAUGCUAUGAAGCUACAAAAUGUAAGGAAGACACCUGGUUGUAGCUGGAUUGAACUUCAUAAUGGUGUCCAUGUCUUUAUUACUGCUGAUAAAUCACAUCCUGAAGCCAACCUUAUUUAUGCUGGAUUGAAUUCUUUAACAGCGCGAUUGUGUGAGCAUGGUUAUACACCAGAAUCUGAUGCCUUGGAAAGCAGUCCAUGAUAUUCCAGACUUAUUCUCCAUUGUUCUAGAUGAAGAUUCCUGAAGCACUGACUGAAAGAAGGUUCUUACAAUAUCUAUCUGGGAAACCUAGAAAGUGUAUGAGUUCGUUUUGCUUCUCAGUGAAACCAAUGUCUAUAUGUAUGGUGGGUGCUCUGAAAAUAGCCCGAGUUAUCUAUGUGUUUUUGCAGAUAAACUUUCUAUUGGAAAAUGAAAAGUAUGUUUUCUUCACCUUUAGAGCAUAUCAUUUUGCAGCAUCUGCUAUAACCAAGGGGGUGUUUAAUGCAACUAAGGACUAUGCUUCUCCUUUUGAUGUUGACGGUCAUGGAAUGUUGAGAAGGAUAGACGGGAGGGCCCAUGAUUCAACACUUUUAAGUUGAGAAGGAUAGAAGGGAGGGCCCAUGAUUCACCGAGUGUUGAAUCAUGCGUCACUGGCCCUUGGGGAUUUCUGGCUUUAAAAACAUUAAAAAUGUUGAAGGAAAUGCUGAAGUAUAGGUUUCAAAAGUUUGAUGGCCCCUCUGGCUUACAGGUUGGAAUGAAGUUGCCGUUGCAUCUAUAUUCAGGAUGGCAGGCGAGAUCGAAUCUCCAUCAAAAUGCUGAAGUAUAGGUUCUGUAAAAAUUGCCAGCAUUCUGGUCGGCUAUAGCUUGUUUUAUUUUCCAGAUUUUCUAAAACUAAGUAGUGACGAUACAAAUCAUUUGUUUCUCUGCAUCCUACCAACUUUGAUAUUUUAUUAACCUUACCUUGUUGAAUGUGAAGCUACAGUAGGUUCCUAAGAAAGCCUGCAUUAGGCAUUCUAUAAAGCAGUUGAUAUGUCUCUCCUUUAGGUUUAUAUUUUGGUUCUUUUGCUUAAACCUGUAAAAUAAUCUCUUAGCUAAAGUUAAAAUAGUGAUAAACUGCUGCUAUGGAACAACAGGAACUUCAUGGAGACCAUUCCUAAACAGGCAUCAUAAAUUAUACAGAAGAUCAUGAAGGCACCUAGGUAUUUCACAGAAGCAGGACAUGAACUAACUGAUAUUUAUAACAUGAACCAGUUCCAAACAAGAUGGUUCUAUCAGAAGAUUAGAGGAGAGUUUCCAAAGGUGGAAUGGCAGAAACUGAAAUGCAAUAACCUUGGAAUUCCUAACUGGUCAUGGAAGAUGAUUUGGAAAACUAGAGCACCUACGAAAGCAGUUUUUUUGGUUGGCUAGCAGCUAGGGAUGCUUCCAAAACACAACACAAGUUACAUAGGAAUGGGUUUUCCUUGUGCAGUAGCUGAUAUUUCUGCAAUUUAGAGGAGGAAACAGUUGAACAUCUUUUCUUGCAUUGCAGAUUUCAAGACGAUGUUGGGAACUUUUCUUUAACAUAAUGGGCAUAUCUUUGCUGUCACCAGAGAAAAAUAGUAGCUUGUUGGAAGUGUGGCAAUUUGUUUGAGGAUGUCUGAGGUGGUGCCAGUCUGUUUACUGACCUCUCUCACUAAGGAAAGGGUGUGAGUCCAGAACAUUGUUCCUAGAUGAUACAAACUGGUACUGUGGCCAUGCUCUCAUUUUUUUUCUCCUAGAAGGUUACAGACUUGCAGCAGCGUUUUUCCCUUCCUUUCGUGCUCAGGGGCCAGUGCUCUAAGUUUAAAUAUUGCUCCAAUUUAUCUGGCAGCGUUUGGCAGUAGAUGCUUAAAAUGAUUUUGAAGUCUUAUGGAACAUAAUAUCAGCUAAUCCUGAUGAAGUGCAAGGGCAUCUAACAAUUCUUCAUAGCCGUAGAAAGAGUGUCGUAUGAUAUACUCUCUCAUCGACAUGGCUAUUAUUUUUCUUCUAAACAACCUGGUUUUGGCCUUGCUAAUCUCAGAGAAAGAAAGCUCGCUUUCACCAAGUAACAGCCAAGACAAGCUAUGGUUCUCCGAGGAACCUCUGUUUGAUGCUCAUCAGAGUAAGUAGGAACGACAAGUGGUUUUCUUUUGGCGCGUUCAGUUUGAGCAUGGUUGUUUUGUUGUGUUUUUGCCACAAACAAAUGGCAGAAUAUUUAUUUAGUGAUACAAUAGAUGAAGAAGAGAACAAAGACAAAAACAUUUGAUCUGUUGUAUUGUUUCUGGUUUCUGAGUAAAUUUGGCCAUUUCAAGUUUGUUUACUUAUUGGUGUUACCAGUUGUUGUAUUUCAA